GUAUAUAAAUAACAAAAAUGGAACGUAAUAUUAAGGAACGUCGUUCAUUAAGACGUUUUAUGCCAGUAAUUUUAUUAUCAACUCGAAAAAUAUCACAACACCAAUAUAAUAAUGUAAAAAUUUUAAAUGAAACAACAAAAACAACAGCAACAAAUUCAAUAAAAUCAUCCUUAAAUAGCAAUUUUAGGCGUUCACGAUCUGUACGUGCUUCCUUACGUUUACUAAAAGAGAAAAUUAAUAUCAGCAACAUGAACAACAAUAACAACAACAAUAACAAUAUAAAUAACUAUAACAAUAAUAACAAUGAUAAUGAAUUCAAUUAUUCAACAUUUGUUAUAGAAGAUCCUUAUAAUAAAAAUGGAAAAAAUCAAUUCGAAAAGGAUAUUAUGUUUAAUAUGGAAAAAACUUUAUAUAAAAAUCAACAACAAUUAGAACUAUUGAAAAGGAAAGAAAAUCAAAAAAAUAAUCAAUUAUUGAAAUUGAGUCAAAGCUGUGAAAAAUUGCCAUUAAAUAAAACUAAUAGCAAUUCUAAACAUUUCUACAAUACAAUUUGGGAUCGUUUGAAAAAAACACCAACAAAAAGCCAUCAUUCGUUAUCAAUAUCCUCCAUAGAAAGUACAUAUAACAUAAAAAAUAAAUUAGAAAGCUCAAAUCUAUUUGAAACCAAUUCAAUAUCAACUGAUUCAAUAAUAAUUAUACCAUCGAUGACACCACAAUCACCAUUAUCAUCUCCAUUAUUAGAUUCACCAGCACAAUUAAAUUGUUCUAAAACAGAAGCUAUUAAAAUUAAUAAUAAUAGAUUAAAAAUGUCCUUAAAUAAAUGUAGUGACAAUAAAUUAUUGAAAAUACCAUUAUUAAAUAAUGUGAAUUUCUUAGAUGAUGACGAUAAUAAUCAUGAUGCAAAUGAAAGUUUUCAUAAUAUUUCUGAAAAUGAAAUUAAUGCUCAAGUUAUCGAAAUAUUAGAACCAAAAGAUUUUAAUGAUUCAAUUAGUUCCCAAGAACAAUAUGUUACCGUUAAUGAUGAAAUUUCUUCAUUAAAUCAUGAAAUUAAUACAAGUAAAGAAUAUUUAAAUGAUAUUAAUAAAAACGGUUGUGACAGUGAAUGGAAUUCAUUAAAUAUUUGUAAUCAAAAUUUGGGAAUUCAAAAUAUGAAAACAGCUACCAUAAGGAAAAAUUCAGUAUGGGCAAAUGGUAACAAAGAAAAAAUUGCUUUACCUGAUCUCAUAACACGUUCUUCAUUACAACCGAACAAUGAUAUAUUACAAAGAACAUCUGAUGCAAAUAAUUUAAAUGAAACACCUACAUUAAAAUCAAAAAAAUCUUCAAUAAAAUCACAUGGUGUUGGUAUUUUUGUUUCAAAAGAAUUUCAAAAAAAUUUCAAACUUAAAUCUCCUUUAUUUAAACAUCGUAAAAAUUCUUCAACACAAAAUCCUGAUUCAACAAAUUUGUAUUUUAACCCAGAUACAAUAAAUAUGGAAUUUUUAAUACCACAACCACCCACAACAUCAAAACAAAAAAAUAAUACAAAUUCAGGAUCUGAACAAUCAAAACAAUCUAAUACGUUAAAACAAAAUUCACACCAUGGUAAUGGUAAAAUAUUUUUCAAUACAAAUGGUUUUCAACAUUUAUUGUCAUCAUCAAAUCAUAAUAAUAAUAAUAAUAAUAACAAUAAUAAUAAUCAUGCACGUAAUGAUAAUAAAAACAUAAAAGAAAAUCAUGUAAAUAAUCAACAGCAACAACAACAACAAAUCCAUAAAAAGAAAGGAUAUUUAGAAGCAGAAGAAGAACAUGAACAUCAACAUCAAUUGACGCAUUUACGUCACGAUACAAUCAAUAAUGAUUCUAAAGGAUUAACAAUAUUACAAAAUUUUGAAUAUGAGAAAGCACUUAGAAAACAAAAUUUACAAUUGUUACAACAGAAAUUGCAACUAAACAACAAUAAUUUACAAAGUGGUGGUUGUAUUGGUAAUGGAAAAUUGACAAAAAAACAGUUGAAAUUAGCACAAGCCCAAUUAGAUAAAUUAACCCAAAUUAACAUUCAUCUUCAUGCACUUUUUUCUGCCGUAGAACAUGGUCAUCUUGAAAAAGCGAAAACUAUUCUGGAAUCUACAGAUGUCGAUGUUAAUAGCAUUAAUAGCGAUGGACUCUCACCAUUAGAUGUUGCUGUACUUGUCAAUAAUCGGUCAAUGACCAAAAUGCUACUUCAACAUGGUGCUACUGAAAUUAGUCAAUUUAAAGUUCAAGAAACACUUGGAAACCAUUUGAAUGGAUUACUUCGUGAUGCAGAAAAUCGUAUUCAAGAUUUAAGUGGUGCAGAGGAAUUACCUCAACCGCCCUAUAGUACAAGAGCUUCAUUUUCUAGUAUAAUUGGCAAUAGUGGAAAUUCUGUAACAGGAUGUACUGGCACUGAAGCUGAUAAACAAAUUGGCCUCUGGGAGAGACGUAUUAAAGGACUUAGACGCAUGCUUUUAGGAUGGGAUCAAGCAAGACCACCAGAUUACCCAAGUGCUAUAACAGUAGAUGUAACGGGCUCUAACUCUGUAUCAAUUUGUAUUUUAGAACCAAUGGAAGGCUCAAUUUGUACCAAAUUUAAAGUACAAUGGUCAACACGUGCUGAUUUUAGUAAUAUUGUUGGUGAACGUGUAAUAUACGAAUGGACUAGUUAUCAAGGUGUUAUGGGUGCGACAAGUCGUAUAUCAGAGUUAACACAGGGAAGACGAUAUUUUUUUCGCGGUGCUUGUGGAAAUGUUAAAGGCUGGGGUUUAUACAAAAACUCAUUACCAUAUAGUGUGAUACCAUCAAGUUGGAGAGAUGUUGAUAACAGAGAAAACCGUUUUGCUGGCAGACAACGAAUUUUAGAUGAUUUAUUUACGGCUGUGCGUUUAGCCCGCCCUGGCGAUGCUUCAGAGCUAUCAUUAGAAAAAAAUAGUGCAAUUCAACGACGCAAUCCAAAAAAAAAAACUACAAUAAAACAACUUUUUUCUGCUGCAUCCAAAUUUCAAAAGAAUUUAAGACGUGGAAUUUAUUUAGGAUGUAUUUUAUACUAUGAAGAUAAAAUUUUAGUAACAAAUGAAGAUUUUCUUCCAGUAAUAGAAAUUGAUGAAACUUAUCCAAGCUCUUUACAUCACGAUUAUCAUUGGUUUAUGAAGGUCGCAUGCACAUGGGACGAUGUAAAGUCAUUGCGUACCGAUAUGGAAAGAUAUUCAACGUCAGCAGUCCAUUUUCGUACGAAAUUACUUUCUUCAGCAUGUCAAAUGCAAUCAGCACUUUGUAUAUCUGAUUUAGGUCAACUUUAUCAUAAACCUUUAAGAGAUUCCCAUGGGACAGUUGUAAUAUCUUGUGUAAAUUCAGUAAAAAGCCCAAAAAGUAUUUCAGUAUUAAAUGCUAGAUGGGUACCUCUUAAUAAAAUACAAAAGAAAGUUACGGCAUUACACGAAGACAAUAACAUCAAUGAAAUAUUAAUAAGUUCAAUAGCAGAUCAAAUUAGUUACCAUCAAACAUCAACAAUACGUUUAACACGUGGUCUUUACUUAGGUUAUCUUAAAAUGCAAAGUUCUGUUGAUCAAAUACAAAUAGUUGUACCGAAGAAAACACCAAACGUUCCACCUCAUACGAAAAUUCGUGAUAAUCCACAUAUAUCGGCUGAAGAAUGGAGUAUCUUAAAAGGCGACAAAGCUAUUCGUAAUGUCGUUUUAGAAUUUCAUUCAAAACAAAAUGGUAAAACCGAAGUACAAAAAUUAUUUUUAGAAGCCUUAACAGCCGCUGUCAACCGUUUAUUUAUAUACAUGAAUAUAUCACCGGAUGAUGCAUUAAAUCAUCGUUUAUACGAUAUUGAAGUUAUUGAAUUAGGUUCUGAUGUUAGUUUUUUAGUAGUGUGCCCGCCAGUGGAAUCGUCUUGUGCUGUACCUGGUCAGAGAGAAAUAUUGUUACAACGUGGCGAUCUGCUUAGUUUACCCAUUCAAGCUUUUGAAAUGAUUCAUUUGAGAACUUAUCAAAAUAGCAUCAUUCAAAAAUAUUCUAGGCUUUCUUGCAUAUUAGAACUUGACACAGCUUUGGCAAAUCAUUCUCAUAGAGAAGCUUUUUCAAAAAUUGAAUUACAAACAGCAAAAGAACGCCUCCUAAAACUUCAAGAACUUACAAGCAGUUUAAAUGCCGUAUGGAAAGGUGUAAGAUGGUUAAUGGAUGUUAUAGGGUAUGCCCGCGAUAAGUCCUGUGUUCCUGCUACUUCUAUGAAGGAAAUUUUACAACACAAACAAUUAGACAGUUUACAAGAAAAUUUAGAUGAAGAUGACAAUAACAUACAUUUAUUGCAAUUACCAUCACGAGACGGAAAAUUAAUGAAAAGUAGUCCCGGCCGUGGAAGUUGGCCUGGACCUGCUGCAACAAAUAAUCUUGGAAACUCUAGUUGCUAUCUAGCAGCGGAACAUUCAAAGUCAGAACAAAAUUUGGGAUUGUCAAGACUAACGCCAGGCUAUUUAAGCAUAAAUUCAGGAAUGACCGAUGAAAUAGGCCCUUCGUCUAGAAAGAAUAGUGCAGACUCUCAAUCUGGCCACAGUUACUUUUCAGCCGGAGAAACUGCUUUAAGUGACCACAAUUUAUUAACACGUCUCCCACCAUCAAAGUCUGAAGAUACCUUAGUCAUGUCUAAAAGAUAUCCUAUGGGUCAACCGCAUCGGAAGCGCUCUACAACUUCAUCAAUCACUUUAAAUCCCGGAAAUAUACCUAUUACAUCUUCAUUACAUUGCUCAAAAGUUCAAGAUAUACCGAAAGCAAAUAAAGUUAUUGUCAGUAAAGGAAUAACUGAUUCUUUACAAAGUCUAUCGAGUGAUUCUGAAAGUUCCACGUACCCGCUAGUAAUGGGUGGUAGAAUAAAAGUUAAGGCAAAACUAGAAAAAUCACCACGUGAAACCGUUAGUCUUCUGAAACCCACUCUCACAACAUUACAAACUGAUAAAAAUUUACUUAGAGAACCAUUACAUAUAUCAGAACCGUCAUCACCUUGUACAGAACAAAUGCCACGUAAGUGUAAUGCGAAAUAUUCUAGUACUGAAGAUAUUGCUCCAACAAUAAUAAGUAGUUGUACUAUUUCAACAAGUUCGGCGACUUCUACCGUUACAACAUCGAAUAUACCCCCAACGAUUGCACAAUCUUCGAAUGUUGAUAUUGUAGGAUGUAGUAGUAGUAGUAGUGGUAGCACUAAUCCUAGUAACAGCGGUGCAUUAUUAACAAAUCAUUCUGGUAUUAUACAGGUAUAUGCUGCCUAUGAAACAGGAUUAGCUCAAGGGACCAGUUUAAAACUUCACGUCACUUCUAAAACAACAGCAAAAGAGGUUGUAGAUUUAGUUGUUAAACAAUUAAAUAUGGCGGUUGUACUAAAGGGCAAAGAAGGACCAAUUUAUACUGCUGACAAAUUAGAUAAUUUCUGUUUAGUUGCUGUUAUCGGAGCUCGAGAGCGUUGUUUAAGAGACGAUUUUAAACCUUUACAAUUACAAAAUCCAUGGAAAAAAGGAAAAUUAUAUGUUAGGCAAAAACAUGACCUUUUAGCAGCUAUUGAACACUCUAAUAGAGAAACUCAUUUAAUUUAGGAUAUAUGAAAUAUUUUCCAAAAUUCUUGCAAUAUAGUUUGAUCCUGUUUUUUUUCUUUUAUUUUUGUUUCGUUAGUUAUAAUAAAAAAGUGUCAAUUAAUGAAUUUCUUUACAAUGAAUUCAUUUAAGCAAGUAUAUGUAUGUGAUAUAGUCAAUCUUAUUUGUUUUUAAUUUAUUACAACAACUACGUAUGUGAAAGAAAUGGCUUAAAAUAUUGUUAAAAUAUUAAAAUUAAAUAAAAGCAUUUACGCGAAUUUUAUUUAUUAACGGAGAUCGAAAAUUUUGCAACCCAAAGCUUGCUUAAAUGAAUUCAAUUUGCUGCUCUUGUAUGAAUUAUAAAGGCUAAGUAAAUUUUUUUAGCUAUGAAUUUGGAAAUUUGCAAAUUGCAUUUAUUUUAUUCAGGAAAACACAUGUGUUAGCAACAUUAAGAUAUUUAUGAAAUUUCGAUAUAAAUUUGAAAAAUCAAUUUCUUUUAGUAUCAUGCUAAGAAAACUCUCACAUUUUUGAAAGUAAAGAAAACUCAUUUAAGAAAUUAUAUUAUUUCAAUAUCAAUUUUAAUAAUUAUUGUAAAAUUAAACUAGCGCACACACUUCCACAUUAUAAUGUGUUUCCCAUAUUCCAGGAAAUUUUACUGCAUUUCUUGUAAAAGUAAUCUGUUAUUUAAUAAUUGAAUUAUUUAUUUAGAAAAUAACGUGAGACCAUCUGCAUUUCAAGACUCUUUUGUUUUCCAGCAAUUAGGGAUGUUUAUAGUUGAAGACAAAAAUUGUGUGCUAGUUGUAGAGAAAAAUUAAAAUAAGAAAGCACGUUAAAAAUAGUAUUGUCGGAUAUCAAGAUUUCUUAAUUACUUCAUUUGCAAUAAAAGCAUACUUUCCUUUCGAAAUACAGGAUAUUGGAUUAUUUUUCUUCAUUUUUCAUUUAUUGCUUUUUGAUCAAAAUUAAAUCAAGAAUAGGUCAUCAAUUUUAUCUUACAUGUUUGCUAAAUUUUCUUAUCAACUCAAUAUAAAUUUAUCAUCCUGAGUUUUCAAAUUGAAUAAGAAUGUCGAACAGAAUUCUUUUUCUGUUAUUUCUUUUAAAAAUAAAAUUUAAGAUAACCUUUUAAUUCUUUAGAGCAUGCUAAAAAUAAUGUCGAAGAAAAGUAGGUACAUAUAUAUAUAGGCAUGUUAUGUAUGUAUAUAUAAUAUAUUAACUAUUCGCAAUUUUAAAUAUUUUCAACGUUCUUGAUGUUAUGUAUAUGUGUCGUUGUUUAAUUAAGCAUCAAAAAUGAUAUUGCAUAGAUAAAAAACUUAACAAUAAUCUUUGAAUAAUUAAUAUGUAUAUCAAAUAAAAAAUUAUUAAAAUGAAACAGCUAGUGAAACUAAUUGAAUAAAUUAAUUUUUAAGUUUAGAAAUACCUACCUUUCUAUGGGUAGUAAAUCAAAACUUAAGAUCUGUAUAACUUAUUUUAAAUUUAGAUUUCAUUUAUACCUAAACUUCUCUCGUUAGUUUACACAAAUACAUAUUACCAAUUAGCCUAAUAAAUUGAUUUUCAAAAUUUUUUGAAAUAUUUUCUUUAAAGCAAUAUGCCACAUAAUAGAACCAUUCACACGUUAAGCAAAGUUUGACGAUUAAAUUUCACAUUGAAGAUUAAAAGACUAUGUUUUCGCAUUAUUAUUAAAUUAAAAUAAUAAAAAUCAAAAAACAGUAAAAUGGACCAAGAAGUCUUAUUUAGGAACAAUAUUUAGUUUUUGAACAAUAUUUAUUUCGCUUCUAUGAUUUCUCUCUUUCUUUCAUAUUCAAUUCUUUAUUUUAAUUCUCCUAAACUUAGACAUUAAAACUGUAACUAAAAAAUUUUUACCAAAUAGAAAAAUUAUAAAUUUUGCUCUGCUAAUCAUAGCAUAAAUAGCCAUAUAAUUUCUUGUAUUUCUGUCGAAAAAAAAAACUGUAUAAAAAAAUUCGACUCAACUGUAUUCUUCUCCUUCAAUUUUGAUUAUUUAAUUAGACGUUGGUGCCUCAAAUUUCCAUUAAAUUCUCUUCUAAUAAAACAAAAUCGUUCUACUUUGCUUGAUGCAUUUACUUAAUUUAAACAUAAAACAGCUUGGAUGUUAAACAAUUUUUCUUCUAUUUUAAGUAAUUUUUUAAUAACAUAUGAUUGAAGUAACGUGUUUCCGAAGAAUUUUUACAAACCAUUUCUGUAAUUUGACAUUAUUAUAAGUAUAUUGAGUAUAUUGAGUAAUUAAUUUGUCUUAGCAUUAAACUCAAUGAAUUUCAUGUUUACAAAGAAAAAAGAUAAAGCAAUUUUAUGCUAAAUUUUAUUUUUUAUAAAAAUUUCAAUGUAUGUAUUUAAUGCAUUUGAAAAGUUUAUUAUUAUUACACAUAAUAAAUUUAAUUCAAAAUUUCUUUGUUAAUUUAUUCAUACGAUUACCUUAUUUGCACAUGUAACACUUUUCUGUUGUUACAGUUUUGCGCUCAGUUUUCCAUGCAAAAUUUGAGGAUCUCCUUAAAUGAAUGCGGAAUUCUGAAAUUAAUAAUUUCAAAAAAUGAACGUUCAUUAUCUUUUAUAUUUGAUCUUUAGUUUAAUAAAUCAAGUAUUUGUACAAAUCUAUAUGAAGGUUUUCUUUUAUCUGAUUCUUAGUUUAUGACUUUUGAAGUAAUACUCACAAUAAAUAAUACUUUGUUUGACAUAUUUUUAUAUGUAUUUCUAAAGUUUUACGGAAUCUUUCUACAUGCAAUUUGCUCAUAAAUUUACCUAUCAACUCGGAAAAAUUCUCCAUAAGAUCAGUAUUUUGUUCUCAAUUAUUUUGUAUUCUUCUUCACAUCAAGUAUCAAUAUUGUAAAAAAUUAAAUAACCAAAAUGAAUUCAAAAAUAAAAAAUAAAUUGAAAAAAUGACUUUAAUUUUCAAAUCUUAUGAAAUGUAAUUGUGAAUAUUAAUAUAUUAAAUAAAUAA